AUGGCCGAAGAUUCAGAACUAUGGGACAUCAUUUGUGAUGGUCCACAUGUUCCUAUGAAGAAGCUUGUAGAAACUGGACAAAUAGUGCCGAAAGACAGAAAGGAGUACAGUGAUAUUGACAUAAAAGUCGUAGAAAAGAACUAUUGCGCCAAGAAAAUCUUGAUGAAAAGAAAGAAAGACAUUGGAAGGAGAGAGCCAAAGAAGGAAAAGAACCUGGUACUCAAGGAUGAAAACAUUGACUCAAGUGAAGAAGAUAGUGAUAUGGCAUAUCUUACUAAAAGGUUUCAAAAGAUGGUUCAAAGGAAUGGUGGUAUACCAAAGAGGGGCAGUUCAACUAACCCAGUCAACAAUGAUCUCUGUCACAGGUACGGAAAGCCAGGGCAUUUCAUCAAAGACUGUCCACUUCUGAAACAGGAGCAAUACAAACAAAGCCCUGACAAAGUAGCAAAAAGGAACCCGAUUCCAGACAAACCAUUCAGUCGAAAAAGUGCAGCUGACAAUAUUGUGAAACAGGCUCUUGCCACUUGGGGAGACUUCUCCAGUGAAUCAGAAGGGGAACCAGAUGCAGAAAACAACUCCAUGAUGGCAGUGGAAACUGAAGAAACAAAAUAUGACUCAUUUUUCACGUUGAUGGCUUAG